CAUCGCUCUGUCGUUUUCAUUUCCAUGAAUUAAUCCAGAGGUGGGUUUUAAUUUUCAUAUUUAUUAAUGCAUUAAAAUAAUCACGAGACCUCCAUGGACAUUCACUUACAAAAUUAAUCCUUUCUUUUUAUGCGACUGUGUUUUUGAGUUUUGGGUGUGGGAGAAAAUGAGUCAACUGAGUUUGAUGUUGCAGGAACCGCUUCAAAGCGAGACGAGAUUAACGAUCCUGGCUUUGCUGACUGACCAAAUGGACGGUGUUGAUCGAAUCAGAACGCCGACGAGGAGAAGGAGUUUAAAGGAACGGCUAGGAUUGAAAAGCAUGGGCUGCUGUGGGACCACCUGGAGUUUCAGGCCGCCAAACACGAUUAGCUUAAGCGACAGUGACGACGAAAACCAACAACACUUUGAGCAACCACAAGAAGAUCAGGAAGCUACAAAUCAAGUGCAAAUAAUAAAUCCGGGUCAGGUUCGCCCCGAUAGUACGCCGGAUUCUUCAUUUGCCAGUGGCAUGAAUCUGGCGGCGGCUUUGGCGGCGGAGAGACAUUUCCGGGCGGCAGAGGGGACUGUUAACGCGGUGGGUCAGACUGAUAAUGAGAACGGGAAUGCGGCUUCUAGAACGGGGACGCCGUUGAGGGUGUCGUUGAUGAGACUGCUGGUGGAAUCGGACGGUUGUGAUGGGGAGGGGAAAGCGGGAGGAGGGGAGGUGGGGAGUGACACGAUGUGCUGCGUGUGCAUGAGAAGAAAUAAAGGUGCAGCGUUUAUCCCAUGUGGGCACACUUUUUGUAGGGUGUGCUCAAGGGAUUUGUGGUUAAAUCGAGGCUCUUGUCCCCUCUGCAACCGUUCGAUCCUCGAGAUUCUCGAUAUCUUCUAAUGAAAAAUCACAAUCGUUCAUCACAGAUGAUCAUAAAAAUUUGGCCCCUGCAGUUAUUCUGACUGAUCUUUUAACGGUGAGGAUGAAGUAUAGGUGUAAGAGAGAAAUCUUCCAACAUAUAAAUUUAAUAAUUUUGUUUUCGUUUUCACUUGUAUUUAACUGUUCAUUCAACAUGCAUUAAUUUAUUUUUUCU